AUGGCCCAUGAUGAUAACUUUGAUGAAAUUAAACUCGUGUCUUUGGCUUUGAAGGAAUGCUUUGAUCCUAUAGAAGUUUCUCAGCUCUUUGAAGAACCUGGCUCAGAUUCGGGACUGUCUUUGAAUUCAAGUCACAGCACCACCUCCUACUCAGUCUGCAGUGAAGGUGCUGUUGGGUACAGCAGUGAUGUUAAAUCUGUUUCUUCGCACGGCUUAGGAGCUGUUGGUGGCUAUAGCCAAGAACACAGUAAAUAUGGCCAUGUGGAAUAUCCAGGUGAUUCAGGGUGUUCUAGAGAAGCCACACUUCAGCAAUUUCUUCAUAACCACACUUACAAUCAGCUGCCAAGUCAAGCAGCAUCCACCCCAGAGCAUCAGCAGCAGAUGUGGAUGGAGAAACCAAACAAAGUAAAGGAUAGGUGCCAUAAUGCUACUGAUACAAACCUUAGCAGUGAUGAACGCCAUGCAAAAGCUCUGAGAAUACCGUUUUCAGUAGAUGAAAUUGUGAGUAUGCCCGUUGACUCUUUCAACAGAAUGCUAGCAAAGAACCAUCUGACAGAUACUCAGGUAUCACUUCUACGUGACAUCAGACGAAGAGGAAAAAACAAAGUUGCUGCCCAAAAUUGUCGUAAACGUAAACUGAAUGCAAUUCUUAACUUGGAAGAAGACGUAUGUAAUCUUCAAACACAAAAGGAGAGCCUUAAAAAGGAGCACUCUCAGCGUAGCAGAUCAAUCAGCCGGAUGAAGCAGAAGUUAAACAACUUGUACUAUGACAUUUUCAGUAGAUUGAGGGAUGACCAGGGUAGACCUGUUAACCCACGCCAAUAUGUCAUUCAUUGCAGUAGCGAUGGCAGUGUUUUCAUAAUACCCAAACGCUUGGUCAAGUCCGAACAGAAACAAGAUAACGAAAAAGAGCAGAAACAAAAAUAA